AGAGCUUUGUGCAUGAUAGGCAAGUGCUCUCCUAUAUCUCCAGCCCUAUUUUAAAAUUUAUAUAAAUCGUAUCAGCAUAAUAUUCUACAGCUUGCUUUUAAAAUGGCCAUUGUAUUUAAUAUUUAUUACUGGCAGUGUGCAGCCCUGGCACACUUUUCCCCCACAGUCUAAUAUUCCAUCCCCUCUGCCUCACCGCCCCCUGCUGGUGCCCUUUGAGCUCUGUGUGUUUGGGUCAGACCCAGGUGUUUGUCUGGGCGGUCACAGCAGUCACACGAGCAUCUCUGAACCUCUCAUACACUGUAGCACGGAGUGAGACAGCUUGAGUGCCGAGUGAUGCCAGGGGCACGGCUGAUGUCAGCCCCCAGCCCCUCCACCUCAGCCCCGCGUCAGGGUGCGUUUGGCAGCUCUUCCUUGGGCCUGGCCUCUGCAGCUGGGAUGUACAUAUAUGGUGGGGUGACGGGGACUCAGAGGUUCUUGGCCACGAUGUGCUCACUGCCUGUCCUCUGCUCUGCCUCUAGAGGCGGCCCCCAGGGACAGCGGCACUGGCUCUCUGCAAAGGGUGGCCCAGCCUUCGGCGCAGGCUGGGUCGGGACCCUGGAGGGUUUCCAGGGCCAGGCUGGGAGCCGCAGUGUUCCCAGAGCUCUUUGGCUCCCUCCUGGCCGCCCGGUGCCAAGACUCCACUUCCUGGAAUGCCCGUCUUGGCCUCGUCCCGCUGGGAUACUUCCCCCCCAGAAUGCCCUCCUGCAGCUGCCAGCCUGACAGGUGGCGCCUGGGCUUGCUUCAGGGUGUGGGCCAGGAUCCCCGUGGGUUUGCGCUCAGCGUGGGGCUUCCCCUGGGGGCCCUGGUCUCCCUUCUCUGUCCCUACCCACUCGGAACUGCUUGAGGCCAGGUGUCCUCUUCAUGCAGCACAGCUCAGGGCAGGCCACUGGGGGCUGGUGACACGCCCCGGGUUGAGGAUGCAUGUCCCACCCCCACCGUCUUCCCGGGCCCACAGCAGACGCAACAGCCAGGAAGUCUGUGGUCCGGGACUGCAUUCCAGGGUGGCUCACCUCGUUAAACCCUGGGUCUGGACCCCAGCCCCACCCUUCUUGUUAGCAGGACACUGGUCGUGGAGCCUCUGUGGGCCUCAGUUUCCUUGUCUGCCGAGCGGGAAGGAGCACUCGCCACUGCACUGCCUGCCUGCGCUGUGGCCAGCUCAGCCCCACCCUGCCCUCGCACCCUCCGCUUCCUUCCAGAGCAUCCAGCAUCCGGUGCCACCUGGAGCCCAGGCUGCCCACCUCAACGAUCUCCUCUGCACUGUGGGGCCAUGAGCUGCAUCCCAAGUGGCAUCGUCCCCUUGGGGCUGGCGCUGCUGGUGUGCGGUGCCCAGGGCUUCCUCCUGCCCAACGUGACUGAGCUGGGGGAGCUGCUGGGCCGGUACCAGCAGGCGGAGCCACGCACGCGGGUGCGCAGGGCCAUCCCCCGGGAGGACCGCGAGGAGAUCCUGCGGCUACACAACCAGCUGCGGGGCCAGGUGUCCCCGCCCGCCUCCAACAUGGAGCACGUGACCUGGGACGAGGAGCUGGAGCGGUCGGCGGCAGCGUGGGCCCAGGAGUGCAUUUGGGAGCACGGGCCCACCAGCCUGCUAACGUCCAUCGGGCAGAACCUGGCUGUGCACUGGGGCAGGUACCGCUCACCUGGCUUCCAUGUGCAGUCAUGGUACGACGAGGUGAAGGACUACACGUACCCGUACCCCCACGAGUGCAGCCCCUGGUGCCCGGAGAGGUGCUCGGGUGCCAUGUGCACCCACUACACGCAGAUAGUCUGGGCCACCACCACCAAGGUUGGCUGUGCCGUGCACACGUGCCGCAAGAUAGACGUCUGGGGGGAGAUCUGGGAGAACGCCGUCUACCUGGUCUGCAAUUACUCCCCCAAAGGGAACUGGAUCGGAGAGGCCCCAUACAGGACUGGCAGGCCGUGCUCCGAGUGCCCGCCCAGCUACGGUGGAGGCUGCAGGAACAACCUGUGUUACCGAGGUCCAGCAGCCUGUCCGGAGCCUGUCCUACAUCUCGGGGCUGCACAAGGCGGGAGACAGCCCAAGAGGGGCAUGGCAGGCCAGGGACCUGUGUCCCACACAGCUGAGAGGCCCUGCAGGACAGUGGGACGAGGCCUGUGCCCUGACCUUCCCAGGCUGCCAGAAGCCCACCACCCCACAUCGGAGACAGACGAGAUGAACGAGGUGGAGAAGCCCCCGGUAACCGAGGAGAAGCAUGUCUGGGUCCAGCCCAGGGUGGUCAGGCCCACGAAGCCCCAGAAGAGCCCCACGGUCACCUACAUGACCCAGAUUGUCCAGUGUGACACCAAGAUGAAGGACAGAUGCCAAGGCUCCACAUGCAACAGGUACCAGUGCCCAGCAGGCUGCCUGAGCUCCAAGGCCAGCGUCUUCGGGACUGUGUUUUAUGAAAGUUCCUCCAGCAUCUGCCGGGCCGCCAUCCACUUCGGCAUCCUGGAUGACGGGGGCGGCCUGGUGGACGUCACCCGGAAGGGGAGGAAGCCCUUCUUCGUCAAGUCCCAGCGGCACGGCGUGGAGUCUUUGAGCAAAUACAAACCUUCCAGCUCAUUCAUGGUGUCAAAGGUGAAAGAGCAGGACCUGGACUGCUACACCACAGUGGCUCAACUCUGCCCAUUUGAGAAGCCGGUUUCCCACUGCCCGAGAGUCCGCUGUCCGGCCUCCUGUGGGGACGAGCCGGACUACUGGGCCCCAGUGAUCGGAACCAACAUCUAUGCUGACACGUCCAGCAUCUGCAGGGCGGCCGUGCAUGCCGGUGCCAUCCAGGACGACAGUGGGGGCUCCGUGGACGUGAUGCCCGUGGACAAGAAGCGGAGCUACACGGGCUCGCUGAGGAACGGCGUGCAGUCGGAGAGCCUGAGUGCUGCCCGGGACGGAAAGGCCUUCCGGAUCUUUGCAGUCCGACAGUGAACGUUCCACAUGGGGGACAAGGGGUGUCUUCAACAGGGACUCGGGGUUUUGCUUUUCCUUUUGUCAUUUGGGGGAGUGGGGUGGGGAAGCGGAGGGUCAGGGAACUUCCUCAGAACGGUGUUGGUGUCGUGUCCUUUGUUGGUCAGCGGUGGGCUAACAGUGUUCAGAUCUGUGAACAGCUGGCACCAGACCUGCUGGGCCCUGGGGUCUCAUGCAGGGCCCCUCUCUCCUUUAGGGGCCGGCCCUAUCCCUUAUAGAGUCCAGUCACCAAGCUAGCCCUGGCCAGGUGUUCUCUUGGGAGUGGCGGGCAGAUUCCACCCUCAAAAGAACACAGUGUUUGGAGGUUGCCACUGCCAGGUGUUGGGCCUGGAGGAGGCCCCAGCAGUUCGUGGGUUCAGGAAUGGAGAGAGAGUGGUUAUUUAAAAGUAGAAAGCCACGGUCCAUCCCCGCUGGUGGAGAAAAGAGCUUCACGUUUGCUGGUCAGACAAGUGGCUGGGGAAGCCGGGCCCACCUGGCAGUGUGGCCCCCCUGCCCGGGCCUGCUCUGCACCAGCGGGGGCUGUGCACUCAGCAGUGCUGGUUGGUGCAGACUUCAGCAGCAGCUCAGAGAUGCGUCCUGUCUUUGUCACUCCCUGCGUCCUGUGUGUGGCCUGCUUCCUGCCGUGACCUUUGGUCUCAUUGAGGACUGAUGCUUCCGGGUCCCUUCUGUCCCCUCCAGUGUCACUGUGUGGCCAGGGCUCUGGCUUCACCCCCAGGGUCUGGUGGUCCCAAGAAGGUGUCCGAGCACAGCCGAGGGCAGCUCCCCGCACGGGCGAGGCUGGGAGAGAAUGUGUUUCUGCUUGUUUCGGUCAGGAAACUGUCCCUGGCGCAGCAGCACGAGGACAGCACUAGAAGGGGUUCUCUUUCUGUUUUCGUGGUCCAGCUUCUGGGUCUUGAGGGACUCUGUGCUGUGAGCCCUGGCUUCUGUCACUCAGAAACUUCUUCAGGAGCUGGGCCAGAGCCACAGUGAAAUGCAACACCCUUUGAAAAUUGCCUCCUGGAGAGGGCAAAAUUCCACAUUCGCUGCUGUAGGUCGAUGUCACUUGUCAUCAGAAUGUGUCACAGGGAAGGAACUACAGCAGGUAAUCAAGUGGGUUCAGGUGGCUCCUUUUUUGUUCAGUUGCCCUAAUUAAUGCAGACCCUGAUGAUAACCACCUUUUAAAAAUCAACCCUCUUUGGGGUUUUACAAGCCAACUGUCGGCUGCCUGAGCGCAGUGCAGCAGGAUGAUGUCGCUGUGUAAUUCAGGGACCCUGAUGUUGGGGCCAAAUGAUUUGGGUCCCGCUCAGGUGGGCGGCUCAUGACCAUUGGACGUCAGCUCUUCGUGGAGGAGUUGUGUGGCCAGACCCCGGCUUCGUCCGCUGCAUCGGUGCCCCCGGCGAGUCCGGUGGGGUCCAGCACUCGGGUUCCAGAGUGCCCACCCCAGGCCGAACCGGAAGUUCCAGUGUAGCCAGCGCUGUCACUUUAGUCCCAGGUCCUCCGUGUCUCCUUAGCUGCUGUCCGCCUGGGAGGUGGCGGAUGAAGCCAGGGUCAGACCUGGAGGCCUUUUCCACCCUUAUAAACAUUUGGAACUGGAACCACUGUUCUGUGGGAGAUGAAGUGCGAGUGUAAACCAUGAACCUCUGUAACCAGGCCACCUCCAGUUUGUUGUUGACCUGAGUCCUUCCCAUCCCCUCGCCAGCGAAGUUCCGGUUGGCUUCUGGUUUUGCCAUCAUUCUGGGAAGGGCUUUGGAUUUCUCAGUUACCUGUAGGCUCACCUGGCCCGCAGUUUGUGUGUGUGCUUUUUUCUAUGAAAAAUGAUGUAUUUUACUACUUCUUAUGUACAAAAGUUUAUUAUAAAUGAUUUUUUUGUGUGCUUUGCAAGAACAGGGCUGCGUGGGUUGUUGCUAUGGUUCAAUAAAGCCAAUGUGAUUCCUCAGCUGUCUCUCCAGU